ACCAACAGGCUGAAGACGAAGAAGGAGAAGAAGACGAAGAGGAAAACCGACCUGCGACCUAAAAUGGCUUUGAGAACUGCAUUCAGAGGCAGAGCUGCCUUAUCAGGUCUUCUCUCCUGCAGCAGUCAUGGCAGAUUGUCCCUCAGCUUCAUCUCUCAAAGGAAAAACUCCACCUCACCCAAAAUCAAGGUGGAUUAUGACCAAACUACAGGUGUGGCUGUGAUGCGUAUGCAGAGUCCUCCUGUCAACAGCCUGAGUCUAGAUUUCCUCACAGAAGUCUGCAUUAGUUUGGAGAAGCUGGAGAUGGAUAAGGGUUGCAGAGGCAUCAUCAUCACCUCGAACCAGCCCAAGGUGUUCUCUGCCGGGCUGGAUAUCUUGGAGAUGUACGGCAAGAGCCCCGAGCACUGUGGGGAGUUCUGGAAGGCCGUACAGGAGAUGUGGCUGAAACUUUACGGCUCCAACAUGGUUACGAUUGCUGCAAUUAACGGCUCCAGUCCAGCAGGAGGCUGCCUGAUGUCUCUGACGUGUGACUAUAGGAUCAUGGCUGACAACCCGCGGUACAGCAUCGGUCUGAAUGAGACGCAGCUCGGCAUAGUAGCACCUUUUUGGUUUAAGGACACUAUGGUCAACACAGUGGGCCACAGGAACACAGAGAUGGCGCUGGAGUUAGGUUUGCUCUACAAGCCUGCAGAGGCUCUGAAGAUAGGACUGGUGGACCAGCUGGUGCCUGAAGAUCAGGUCCUCACUGCUGCCACACAGACCAUGACCAAGUGGUUGGCUAUUCCAGAACACGCCAGACAGAUCACCAAGUCCAUGAUGAGGAAGCCAACCAUUGAGAAGCUAAGGUCCAACAGAGAGGCCGACAUCCAGAACUUUGUCAACUUCAUCACCAAAGAAUCCAUCCAGAAGUCGCUUCGCAUGUAUAUGGAGAUGCUGAAACAGAAGAAGGCCUGAAGAUCAAGGGGACACGGUCAUACAGAGUCUACAGAGGAACUGGACGCAGGACCUGACAGCUCAUCGUUUAGUGCUCACUGAGGAAUGAUCCGUUAUCAUCGAUUUAUCAACUUUGUGUUUUGUUGGUCUGAAAGAGACAAUAGCAAAAACCUAAAGUUGAGUUAAGAUGGUUUGAAAUUAAACCUGAGUGAACAUUGAUUUCAAACCCUGUCAGGUUUAUGAUAAUAUGAGCCUUUAGCCUGUAAGUGCCUGUCUUUCUGUACAUUUAAGAGUCCUAACAGCCACUGCAGCCAGUGGUGAAUAUAAGUAGGUAGUUAGAGCCAAACUAUUGGCGAUCUCAGAGUUCUGUCCAUUUCAUACUGUGAAUUUCUCAAUAAGGCUUUAGAAUAUUAUGGUGGGUAUAUGGAAGUUUUUCUUUUUUUAUUCAACACAAACAUUAUGUUUCUUCAUUGACUUUAAUAUUACUCCAUGGCUCAGAAUAAAAUGUUUCCCUAUUAAAGGUCUAGAUAUUUGGUCUUUUAUUUUCAGUCAGUUACCCAGGCGCAUGUUGAGCUCUAACAGCAAAGCCCUCUGUCGGUGCACAUAUUGUUUCAAGAAAGUCAUGUGACCAAUACAGAAGCUGCUUCAAACUGACUGAUACACUACAAUGUGUUUUAAAGUGCAUCUGCCAAAAAAAAUCUGAUCUUUUGCGGUUGAUCAUGAAAUUAAGAAAUAUGGACCAGCCUCAAGGCAAAGGGGAGGUUCCAGGCAUGUGGGACCAUUUUGAUCUCAUAUUUGUUUUAAAUUUCCAUUGUAUCAUCAUGUUCCUUUCAGCUAUCAAUCAACUAAAUAAAUA